AUGGCUUCAUUAUACUCCAAUGUUUACGGACCGCCUUCAAUUCUGCCUUGCGUCAUCCAUCUCAUUGCAAUCUUCCAUUCGAUUGUAGCCAUAUCGUUUGGCUGGUCGGCCGGCGGCAUCGCUGCCGCCACCAAGCUGCUCUGCGACGUGUAUCAAGCCCUUGACGACUGCAGCGGUGCUUCUGGAGACUACCGCGAUGCUGUCGCCUUCCUCAAGUCGCUGACGCAAAUCCUAGAUCGUCUCAAGGCCUUCUCUGACAGGAACGACUAUCCGGCCUACAACAGCGAGAUCCGGGAGCAAGUGAAACUCAUCAAACCUCCUGUCGACGAAUUCAUCAAUUCAACACAGAAGUAUGAUAAGAGGUUGGGGAACACAGUCAAGGAUGGUCGGUUCCGACACAUUGUGCCAAAGAUCAAGUGGCACUUCCUUUGCUCCAAGAACGUUCUUGUCUUGAGAAAACGAGUCAAUUCUCACGUACAGAUCCUGAACACUCUCAUGAUUCAGUCAUCUUUGUACGUCCCAGGAACUAGUCCAUGA